UUGUCAGGUCCCGUGCCGCUAAAUACAGCCUGACAGAUACCUCAGUUUCAUGAUUCAUCUCGAGGGGUCCAUGGACAAUGCAGCUGAAGGUUUCCAGGGGAAGGUUUCCAGAGGUUGUAAGUACAGUUGUAAGUUUUACUCUUCUGGAGCUGGCGGGCUUUAAAAGAUUUCAACGGAGUUCUGUCAGCUGGAGCAGGACUGUAUAUAUGUGAUAGGACUGGAAUGCGCAAGUUGUUCUGUAAUCGUAGGUAAAGAUGUUGAGCUUAGAUGAUGCGUUUUUGUACGGAGCUUGUUGGUGGAACCUUCAUCUUUUCUGAUCGAGCACUCUCUCAGCCAACAUGAGCUUCUGCUAGGCAGUAUCUUUGCAGGCAUUGUAGGAAUUCUGCAAGUGAGAAUUGCACGAAACCCUGUGCCGGUUUUUCAACAUCGUUUAGCACCUUGAGAAUUCUAAAUUCAGGUUGAGCGCAUUUUGUAAGAAGAGUAAUGUGCAAUCAGUAGAAGUUUGAAGCAUUCUUCUUGGAAAGUUCUGUAGUCGGAGAACAUGGAACGAAAAGAAUCAUACAACAUUUGCUGCUCAAUCGGUGCUUUUUGUGAUCACGAACCAGGUACGUCGUACAUAUAAUCUCCUCAGGUUAUCAAGAGCAAUCGUGAAUAAAUGUAAUGCAAGUUUGAUUUGCGACAGGGAUUGAAAUUGUCAGGACUGCGGGAAUCUGAGCAUAGUUUAGUUCCCUUGAACCAUUGUCCAGCCACUCUUUGGGGAGAAGAAUGUCCUGAUCAUUACCAAGACAGAAUAACUUCUAAUUAGUGAGUGGAAGCGAAACUUGAAAAGUUGUUGACAACCAGCUGGAAUCUUCACACCUACAAUGAGUGCAAGAACAGCAAGCAGAAGCAUAAGAGCUGCCACAAAUGACAACAAAAGUUAGUUAAGGGAGAAUCAUGCCAGACCCAGGUGCAAGAAUGCAGUGGCUAUGGCGUACGCUCACACUGCUCCAUGUUCUGACGUCUUUCUUUUCAGUCGUGGACCCCCUUGACGGGAAUCCUGAAGUUGGACAGAAUCUGAUUCUAAACUUGAAUGGUGAAGAGCUAACUCUGAGUAGUGGAGCAAAUGCGCAGUGAAGUCUUUGUUUGCAAUUAAGCGAGCAUUACAGGAUCCUCUGAACGUUCUUGCAUCAUGGGAUUCGAAUUAUAUGUCACCCUGCACCUUCGCCUUUGUCGAUUGUGACUCUAAUAAUUCAAUUAACGGGUUGGAGCUACCAAGGAAUGGUUUAUCUGGAAGUUUGUCCCCUCUCAUUGGGAGCCUCUCGAAUCUUCACCGCCUUAUUAUAACCAACAACUCGUUAUCCGGUGAGCUUCCCAAAGAGAUCGGCAAUCUAUCAAAGCUUGUGGUCUUGGACUUGUCCAGGAAUCUCUUCUCAUGCGCGAUCCCCAACUCCCUUGUCAACCUGAAAAAUUUAGUAUCUCUAAAUUUGAGAGGGAAUCAUUUCAAUGGAAGUUUUCCAGCAUUUGUCGCCAAUAUGUCCUCCUUACAGUCGCUGGAUGUUUCAGAGAACAACUUAUCGGGUUUUGUGGGCAAUCAGACAUUGAAAACUUUGAUAACGGAUGGAAACGUCAAUUUGUGCGGUUUAGCUAUAAGGAAAGAGUGUCCUGGUGACCCUCCACUUCCAAAUCCUGCAAAUAUUAAUAAUAUCGACAACAUUAGAAGCAGAAAAUCUGCAAACACAUCAGCUGUAGCAUGCGGUUUAUCAUUGGGAGUAGCAGUGCUACUUGGUUCCUUUAUGCUGGGACUUCUAUGGUGGCGUCGUCGCAAUUCAAAACAAAUCUUCUUCGAUGUGAAUGAGCAACAGGACCCUGAUGUAUUACUUGGGCAGCUCAAAAAAUUCUCAUUUCGAGAGCUCCAAAUUGCAACUGAUAACUUCAACACAAAGAACAUUCUUGGAAAAGGUGGUUUUGGAAAUGUCUACAAGGGAUAUUUAUGUGACGGCUCAAUUGUAGCUGUGAAGCGGUUGAAGGGUGAAGGCAGUCCUGGCCAUGAAAUGCAAUUUCAAACUGAAGUUGAAAUGAUCUCGCUGGCAGUACAUCGUAAUCUUCUGCGAUUACGAGGAUUUUGCAUGACCCCAACUGAGCGACUGCUUGUUUAUCCCUACAUGCCUAAUGGGAGUGUGGCAUCUCGUCUUCGUGACAUCGUUGGUGGCAAGCCAGCCUUAGACUGGCCGACACGCAAAUGCAUUGCCCUUGGAGCGGCACGGGGGCUACUUUAUUUACACGAGCAUUGCGACCCGAAGAUCAUUCACCGGGAUGUGAAAGCUGCAAAUAUAUUACUUGAUGAAGGAUAUGAAGCAGUUGUGGGUGAUUUUGGACUUGCUAAACUGUUGGACCAUCGAAACUCUCAUGUUACAACUGCAGUCCGAGGCACAGUAGGGCACAUUGCGCCAGAGUACCUCUCCACUGGCCAGUCUUCGGAAAAGACAGAUGUCUUUGGGUAUGGCGUGCUAUUGCUAGAGCUCAUUACUGGACAAAGGGCAUUUGGGUUCGGCCGUCUUUCCAGGCAGAAUGACAUGAUGCUUCUGGACUGGGUGAAGAAACUUCAAGCUGAGAAACGGCUAGACUUAUUGGUGGAUGUGGACUUCAAGUCAGAAUACAAUUCACUUGAGCUUGAGGAGAUGGUGCAGGUGGCUCUGUUGUGCACCCAAAUGCUACCUACUGAGCGUCCCAAAAUGUUGGAUGUGGUGCGAAUGCUGGAGGGCGAUGGCCUGGCUGAGAGGUGGGAACAAUGGUGUGAAGUUGAAAGCCGAAGAAGUAGAGAGGCCUUGCUCCCACGUAGGUACUGUGAAUUAGUUGAGGACUCUUCAUGGGAUAUUGAAGCCAUUCAACUGUCAGGCCCCAGAUAGUGUUCAUCAAAGCGUUAAAGUAAUGAAAAAUAUGAGGUAUUAUUUCGGUCAAUAAUAUUGGAAGUAGGCAAGAGAUGUUUUCAAUCUAAUGGUGUAAGCUUGAGACUGCACCGAUUUCUUUCAAGACACAGUAAUUGAGUGUUCCUAAGUUUCUUGUAUGAAAAGAAAAAAUGGUUCAGCGUUUCAUCACAA